AUGGUUGAUUCACAAGAAUACAUUCUUCUCUUCCUUAUCUGGUUCAUAACCAUCUUCUUUCUCCGAGCCAUCCUUAGCAACUCACGAGGGAAAAAACCCCAUCUUCCACCCACCCCACGUGCCCUUCCAGUUAUUGGACACAUGCACCUCCUUGGCCCCAUACCUCACCAAGCUCUUAACAAACUUUCAGACCGCUUUGGACCUUUGGUCUACUUCUACAUCGGAUCAAAGCCUUGUCUGCUUGUGUCUUCCCAAGAAACCGCAAAAGAAGUAUUUAAAAACCAUGAAACUACUUUCUUAAACCGCCCAAAAAUGGUCAAUCUUGAUUACCUUACAUAUGGUACUGCUGAUAUGGCCAUGGCACCUUAUGGUCCCCUUUGGAAGUACAUGAAGAAACUUUGCAUGUCUGAACUUUUGGGGACUCGAACCUUGGACCAACUCCUUCCCGUCAGACGUGAGGAGAUGACUAGAUUUGUAAGAUUAAUACAAGACAAAGCUAAGACAGGUGAAGCACUUGAUGUUGGAGUGGAACUGAUGAGGCUGACCAACAACAUAAUAUCAAGAAUGCUACUUAGUAAGAGGUGUUCAGAUAAAGAAGAUGAAGCCAAUGAAGUGCAGACAAUAGUGAAAGAGAUGAACAAACUUGGCACAAAGUUUAAUCUAUCGGAUUUACUUUGGUUUUGUAAAAAUUUAGAUCUGCAAGGGUUUAGGAAAAGGCUCAAGGAUGUUCGAGAUAGAUAUGAUAUUCUGAUGGAGAAAAUCAUAUUGGAACACAAGGAAGCAAGAAAGAAGAAUAAAUCGACUGCAGCUGACACUGUGAAAGAUGUACUUGAUAUUUUGAUCGGAAUAUCAGAAGACCAAAAUGCUGAGAUGAAAUUGACCGCAGAGAAUGUAAAAGCAUUCGUUAUGAAUUUUUUUGGGGCUGGGACAGAUACAUCCUCGGUUACAAUAGGAUGGGGAAUAGCAGAGCUUAUUAAUCACCCAAAUGUGAUGGAGAAAGUACAAACGGAGAUUGACUCUGUGGUUGGAAGGAACAGAAUACUGGAAGAAUCUGACAUAUCAAACCUCCCAUAUCUGCAAGCUAUAGUAAAAGAAACAUUAAGGCUUCAUCCUGGUGGACCAUUAGUUGUGAGAGAGUCAACAGAAGAUUGUGUCAUUGGUGGUUAUGAGAUUCCGGAAGGUACCAGGCUCUUUGUCAAUGUGUGGGCUCUUGGUAGGGACCCCAAUCAAUGGGAGAACCCCCUUGAGUUCUUACCAGAACGAUUUCUUAGUGAAGAGUGGAGGCAAGGCAAGAACCAGUUUUUGGAUGUGAGGGGACAACACUUCAACCUGUUGCCAUUUGGGAGUGGAAGAAGAAGCUGCCCUGGAGCUUCGCUGGCACUACAGGUUGUCCCAACAGUCCUUGGCAUAAUGGUACAAUGCUUUGAUUGGAAGGUUAGAGAUGGAGCAAAUGGCACUGUUAAUAUGGAGGAAAAAGCUGGAAUGACUCUUCUUAGAGCUCAUCCAUUGGUUUGUCACCCAGUCACAAGGCUAUCUCCAUUUCCAGCGCUAUGA